AUGCCGGCGACGCGCACGCUAGACACCCCAAACGGAAGCGCCGGGAGCAGGCGCCUCCGAGAGCCGUCUCCUUCUGGGGGGACCGCCGCAGGGCGCAAAGGUGCCGAACCUACGAAGCCGACGCCGACCCACAAAGCGUCUCCGCCCCAUCCAGAGAACGCAGGUGAACGCAGCGCACCGGAACGCGAACUUGCGGCGGGGAAGACGCCCGCCGAGGAUGGCGCGCGCACAGGCGAGCGCAGAUGCGGAGACGCGAACGGACAGGCAGGAGACCUCGGGCGAAUCGACGCACUGGAGGACGCCGGCGUGGACUCAGCCGCCGAGAAAGAUGACGCUUUGAGUUCCACAGACACGGCCGACAGCGGCGCGGCGGGUCUUGCCCCGCCGACCCCGGCCUUCGUUUCAGGUGCUGGCUCGCGAGAUCCUGAGGAUGACACCACUGUCCCGAACGCCUGUCGAGGUGACAGGCGGGCGGCCAUCUGUCCAGGCGCGACGAAAGACAACGAGACGCUCGACUGGGAGCGACGAGACGAGGGCUGCGCCGGCGAGACUGACCACCACGGGGACGACGGCGCAAAGGACGUGCCCCUAUGUAGAGCAGGAACCGCGGAUUCGGGCACUAACGGUGGGAGUACACAGUCCGGGCGUCGCGAGUCUGACGGCGAUCAGAGCUCUGGAUCCCUGACAGGGACAACAGCAGAAACGAUGCCUUCUCGCGACGUCUCUGGCGCCUACGGCAAAGAGCCCCAGGCCUCUCCACUGACGUACGGAGAGGACGCGGUCGCAGCCCUCCUCAAAAUUCAUGCCGACAUCCGGGACCGCCUCAAGCAAGACGAGGACCGGACACUCACUGAGGAGGCGGCCAUGAGGUACCUCGGCCAGCUCGCCAGUGGUUUCUGGAAUGCGCAGCGACAACUCCCUUCGUUCGGGCCAGGCAAGACAGACGGGGCGCUCGAGGACGAGGACCUCAACAAGGUCAUGAUGCUGAUGCACCAACUUGAUACCGCCGACACGUUGCCUGAGGAUGCUCCGUCCUUUUCCCUCGACGCGCCGUCCCCUUUCUACGAGUCCUUGCUGGCGACAGCCGCCUACCUCAACGACAACGGACCACUGCCCCAAGCUUCGUCUCUCUUUGCUUUCUCGCCGCCACCCGUCGCUCUCGCCCCGCCCCCGCCGGCUGCUUCGUCCUACCUGCUGUCAAUGUCGCUUCAAGACUGCAUCGCGCUUCCGCGGGCCAGCGUUUCCCUUCUCACAUCCCUCCUUUUGCAGCUGGACGUACCGCAGUUGUGCGCUCCCGAGAACAGGCUGAAGCGCGCACUGACCAUGCAGCUUCUCCAAAAGUUUCUGGGCGUCCACAAAAUCGGCAAGUGUAUCCAUGCAGCCAUGGUCUCUGCCGUGAACCGGUCGUCUUCGCGCUCAUCCACAGAUCUCGACUCAGCUUCGAAAUCUGCCGACGAGCCGGCGGAGAGCGCCGCUGAGGCUCCCAACCCGGAGGAGUCGUCCGCGAAUGGUCGGGUGGAUACCCUUCAGACAGUGCAGCAGGCGCGAGAGGAGCAGACGCGUGUGGAGGCCCUAGACGCCCUUUCGAAACCAGAGCCAUUUGAUAGUCUGACUACCUCGUUUUCGUCGGCGAGAACGGAGUCACCGACGGCAGAGGUGGAGGACGAAGACGGGGGGACAGUCUCGGAACGGUGGGGCGACAGCGCAAGCACAGGAAGUCUCAGCCAUCUGCUGCUUUUUUCGGCCUUCGAAGAAGAGGCUAUUGACCUUCUUCUCUUUCGGCUGCUUGGUCGAGUGCCCGCCGGGUCGACGGCUCCGCCUCCAGUUUCGGCACCGGCCUUUUCUUCCUGUACGCCCUUCACGCUGUCGUCCGGAAACCGUCUCUCGCCGUCGUCUCUGCCGUCCCUUUUCACGGAGCCGAUAUCUGCGUCCAUGGGCGACAACGCGCCGCGGCUCUUCUCGGCCACACCCGUAGCAGGCCCGGUGGGUGGUCCGUCUGGCGCGUUCGCGGAUCGCCGCGCGGCGUCUCGUUGCCCCUCUCGCGCUCCAGAAGGCUCUUUGGGUCUCUUCCACACUUCUGGAGAGCCGACGGAUUUCUCGCUCUUCUUCCCCUACAACCUGAAUCGAUCCAGCUCCUCUCCUCCGGCGAGACCGGAGAUGGAAGCACCUACCACGUCACCCGAGGCCGCCGUCGACUGCGAACAGAACCGGUUAGCCGUUCUCGGCGGCGUAGACUUGUCCCCUGUCUCGUGGAGUCGCUCCCAACGGCGCCAAGACGGCGCCGCUGUUCGGCUUUUAGGCAGGCCGUUUGACGGGGAAGCAGCGGAUCCCGAUCUGGACGACUCGGGAACCUUCCAAAAGACAGGGACAGACAGCACCACCCUCAUAGCGUCGGAGGCGGCGUCUCCGGAGCACGUGUUCGGGGUGUACUCGCCGGCCGCUGCUCAGCAGUGGCGUUCCUUAGCCAGUACACCAGUCGCGGCGGGGGAGACGGACUCCGCAGCCACGCGACCGGUCGCCCAUCUCGACGACGCAGAUUCUGCCGCUGCAGCGAGUGUCUGCGACAAGCCAGGCUCGCAGCGGAAUCGCGACACGCACGCGAUUUCGCUCGUGCAGCCGGACAGGGAACAGGCACGUUUCGCUGACGGCGGCGAGGCGUCAGAGAGGCUGGAGGAGACCGUCCAUCUGGUGCGGGGCGCCGAGCGCUCGGGUGGCGCUUCGCCAGCGAACGCGGCUCCGAACUCUCAACUUCCCGGCGGGUCUUCCCGCGGCCACGCAGGACAGAGUGCAGGAGUGAGACAGCACGCGACUGUCUCGCUAGUUGAAAUCUUUGGAGAUAGUCGCGAAUCGGGUGGAGAGGCUGCCUCGGCGCUUGGGACGAGUUCUUCAUUCGACACCCUAGAGGAUGCGCAGGAGCUGACGGACACCAGUCUGGGGUCGAGAGCUGCCGCUGCAGCUGCGCCGGAAGAGGCGAACCGAAGGCGAGAACUGAUUGUGAAUGAGUUGCUGACGGUGCUGUCUCCUCGGACCAGUCAAAAAAAUGGGGGCGCGAACAAGUUGACGUCGCCCGGGACGUGUCCGAGAAACGCUCAGGGCGAAGGGUUGGGGCCGCAGCAGGAGACCGGGGCGCCGGCAGCCAGCGAUGUCUGGCAGACGCUGCAGGCCCCUCUGACCCGGGACGACCCGGAUGGUUUUCUGCUCAAUGGAGGGCUGGGUGGGACAGCGCGGCUAGCGACGGCGCGGCGAGCGCCCGGCAACAAGGCCACAGACCAUGCGGAGGCGGAGGCGGUCCAACAGAAACUCCUUUUUCUGCUGGGAGGCUGUCAGCGGAAUGGACACGGAACGGAUUCGGCCGCGACGCAGGCUUUACCCGCUGGAUCGCCCGCCGCCUUCAACCCGACGCACGCUUCCCAGCAGAACGGCAAACAGCUCUGGGACCGGUCGUCGUCCGUGACCGCAUGCGUUCAACAACAGCUUCUUCGCUUGGAGGCUCAAGGGCUGUGCAGCGCCAGUGCCGAAGGUUUUCUCCGCCGUCUGAGAGAUCGGAUGGCUUCGCCAGGGACCGCGGGGAGCUUCACAGGGAGUCAAGAGGGCGGCGAAGACUUGAAGGCAAGUGUACUGACACCAGGCAGCGCCGCUGAUCAAGAGCCUGCUGCGUCGUCGACAGAGUUGCGAGCUGGCGUCGCGUCGGAGACCUCUCCCCGCUCCAUGUCCGGAGCGGACAGCGCUGCGGACGCGUCUCCCGCCGGCAGUGCGCGGGCCGCACAGAAGUGCCAAGGCGGUCAGACGCCGGGGCUUGUCGCUCCAGAGGCGGCGCGUGCGCAGGGGACUUUGGCCGGGAGCUGGCCGAGUCAGGCGAUUCGCAGCGCGGAAGACACGCCGUGGGUGGUGGGCAGCAGCGACGCGUUGUCUUUUGCAGACGAGGUGGGCGCAUGCGGCGUUGCUGCGCGACCUGGCGCUUCUAUGCCGAACGGGAGUGACGCCUCCGGAAGAGGAUCGCCAACCCACGCAGCGCACCCGCUAGAAGGAAGCCGCGACGAGUCUUCUCGGCAACUGGGUCAGCAGUCGGCGGGCACGCAGGACGAGCCGUCGGGAAGGAAUUUUGCGCCCGCCACUUGCUCGUGCUGUAGCGACAAAGGGGGGACAGACGGGUACGGUGAGCAGUGUAGCAGCUGUCGCGUCACCACGACUAGCAGGGGCAGUGCCAUGGGCGUGAACACCUCCGCAGCGGCCUUGCCGUUCCGCGAGAAAGAGGAGUUUGCCUGCUUGCCGUUUGCGAGCGCAGGCACAGCAGACUCGCCUAAAGGAGAGGGGAAGACAGACAGCGACGAGGGUCAGGUGCUUGCCUCGGCACCUUCCGUUCCAGCCGAGGCCCCGCAGGGGAACGACGGGCGUGCUGCGUCGUUACCGGCUGGGUCCCCGAGCGGUUCCCGACCUGUGGGGCGAGGCAGCGCCAGUUGGGCGGACGGGGGGGACGUGGCUAGGAAGGACGCGGGCGAAGGUGCGUCGCUGAGUCUGCCCGAAACAACAUCCUCGGAGGCGUCACACCGAUCUGCGAUGGCUGAGGACCAGCCGCCAUUUCUAGGCGGUACCACAGCGGAAAGGCGCCGCAGCGGAGACGAGCCUGGUGUGUCGGAGUCCGGGAAAGAAACAGCCGUUCCAAACGUCGCUAGCUGCGGGGCUUCCAGCGCCCCGAGCCACGCGGAGGGCGAGAACACAGAGGCCAAGACAGCGGAGGCCGAGGGAGAGAAAGGAUCAGACGGCCACGGAAGCACCGAUGUCGCCGAUCCACUAAACGGUCUCGGCGAGCUUUCAGGGUCGAGUCAGGGUGACGACACGGGCACGGACGGAAGUGGCAAAGAAGGCGGGCAGGACAGUGGAUGCAUGCAGAAGGCGUCCGGUGCCGCAGGGGCAAGUCCCAAGCGUGCGGAGCAGGAUGAGCUGACCGGCGAGGUCGGCUCGGACGCGAAACAGGAGGAAACAGAGGAGCUCUCCGAUGCCUCAGCGAACCGGCUGAGAGGCGAACUGCGGCCUGCGUGUUGCUACUUCAUGCGGUCCAUGUGCGAGUUCUCGAGCACUUGCGUCUUCUGGCAUCCGCCCGCGUCGGAAGACCCCGAGAAGAUCGUCUGCAAAUAUGGACGAGUCUGCCACGCGAACCACGGCCGGCUGGUGAGCGACAGCGAGAUGGCGAGUAUUCUCUACGGCUUCGCAAAGUCUCUUGCCUCGCUGGCCGACGGCGAGAUGGGGCGAGCAAUCCACUACCUACGCGCUUCUCGCCUGUACGGUCUCGUCACUGCUCCCAGACUUGGCGCACCUGGCGCUUCUGCGAAGGGAUCGGCCCCUGGGAGUUCUGCAGCGACGAUGGGAAGCAACGCGGGCUCUCGCGCGGGCGCGGCGCCCGUUCGGGGCGGCGACCUCGACUCAGGCGCCUCGACGCCUGGCCGCGAGGGCCGCAAGGAGAAAGCCAGUGGGAUCGCUUCGAGUGCCGAAGCGGCUUCAGCCGGUCGAUCCGGAGCAGCCUCCAGAGCAAAUCAGGAAGCCCCGGAGUCGACGAAGAACUCGGAAGCCUCGACGUGGUCUCCAGGAGCUGGUUGCCGUCAACUCCCCAAGCAGGUUGUAGACCGCUUUUUCGGCUUGGCCGAGCGCCUUCAAGGGCGAGAUUUAUCCGCGGUCAACACGGCAUGGCGCCAAACCUAUGGGGAGCGUUUCCCCUAUGCGAGAUACGGUUUCGAUAAACUGAGCCACGCCGUGGCAGACAUUCCUGGCGUCACUCUCGUUCUCCAGGAGAGCAACGUGAUGGUUACCAUUGAUGAAUCUUCCUUGAGGGCCAAGGCUUCUGAAGCUGCAGGCGACGCAGCUUCGCCUCCUGCGACGUGCAAGGCAAAGGGAUCCACGCCAGAGUCCAUGGGUGGAUCGAAGAAGGCGUCGGGAGACGUCGCCCCGAGGGAACAGAAAUCUUCACACGCGCCGGAUGUGAAAGCUGAGAAAUCGGUCGACGCGUGGAGCAAGUCGCAGUACAGCGCUGUCGUCGCAGGGACGGCGCGCGGGGGCAGUAAAGCGAGUGGAAUCGGCGGGGACACGAGCGCGACUUGCCUGCUUGGCAGGUCCGCUGCAGGGAACCAGGCGAAGAGCCCAACUAGCGCGGGAGGUGGCGCCGCUUCCGAGGAAGGCGGAGAAGCGGGAGAGACUCCGCAGGGCGCAAGCGGCAGAAGCUGGGGCAGAGGCCGGGCUGGCGGGGCCGAGUCCAAGCGUCGCGCCGUCGGGCGACGAAGCGUUCAGACAACAGAGAUCGGACGCCUGCCGGCAGAAGAACUCCCGCCGCUGGUCCUGAAGGUGGCCCGCGAACAAGUCGUUGGCGACCUCUGCUCCUCGUCUCUGCUGUGUAGCGCAUGCGGACUCCUGCUGCUCAGCCCUCUUGUGCACCCACUGUGUGGGCAUAUGCUCUGCCGGGACUGUUUAGUCAUCCUCUCGGCCACGCACUUCCACUCUGUCCACCGAAUCAACUUCAAAAACGUCUCGACUGCGAGUCCGCGUCGUCACGAUGCUCCGGCUUCGCCGUCGCUUGCGCAAGUGACUCUUGCGCUUCUCCACAUGUUCCCGUCUGCGGCGUCGCUUCCCCUGUCGGCCCAGAGCCCGUCGGCCCCCUCCUUUUGCCCCAGAUGCACGUACGGCGAGGCGCCGGCGACGAAAAACGCACUGUCCGGGCCGUCGGGGGCGUCGGCCACGGCUUCGCUUCGGAGCGGCACUGGACCUGGCGUGUGCGGUCCUCAGCUGCUGCCCAGUCACGCACACCUUCCGCGAAUGCUUAAGCCACAACAGGCGUGUCCCCUCGGCGAGUUUUUGUCGGUUGUUGCGAGCGAGAAGGGCGUGCCUGCUCUUUUGGGGCGCGUGCUGAGCAAGGUGCGGGUGCGGUGCUCCACUGGGACAGCCGACAAGGCCCCUGGCGUGGAGGCAGCGAAUGCCGGCGCAGCGCAGGCCACCAAGGUCGUCGUGGAUGCCUGGGGGCGUUCGCGCGAGGUUCCGGCGCAGAAACCUUCCGAUCCGAGAGCUGGGAAAGCGGGCGGGGACAGCAACGAGGAAGUGUGUGCAGCCGCGGCGUUGCGCGACGCGCUCUGCAAGGAACAUCGCGUCGCCACUCCUUCAGAAGGGUGCUGCCCGUGGGAGGGGGAUUACGCAGGGUAUCUGGAGCACAUCAAGCGCCUAGGAGAGUGCGGAAGGCUCCACAGGCGUGAGCCCAGAAAAGCGCAAACUCAGGGGGCUUCCGUGUCCGAAGGCGGGAAACCUGCGAAAGCUGCUCGAGGUGGAGACUCGCGGUUCGGCUCCGGUAGCGGCCGACGAGGCGGAAAUGUGCACGCAAAGCUCGGGUAG